AUGACAGAGCGCCGAAUCAAACGCUCGGACUGCCUUUUAAAUUCCCAAACAGUCUUGACAGCAGAUAAGGCGCUUCUUGAUUGCAAGUAUGAAGCUAUUUACAGCUGGAUCGCCUCAGAAGAGAGCAAAGCUUUGAUAGUAGGAGGCCCUUCUGCCACACUCAGGCCCCUUCAUGCAGCUCGGGCAAGCGCCACUGCGGAUUCUUCCUCUGCUUGCGAGGAAGCUACGUUGCCAAGUGAGCCACGUAAUAUUCAUUUCCAGUGGGGCACGUGUCUCACCCUUGAGUUAUGCGACAGAAUCCAAGACCAACAUGCAUUCAGGAAUGCACAAUAUCCGAUGGAAGCGGUUCUUGCCGCGAUCAUUCUCUGCUGUGAACGCUGGGCAGCCGAGCGUGAAGGGCUACAAAAAGAAAACAUUAGCGCAGAGCCAUGCGCAGCCGCACAGUGCACAAGCCGCCUUCCCGCUACGGUCAGCGGCUAUGGUUCCUUAAGGGAGUCGGAGGGGGCAAGGCGAUUACGCUCCUUUGAUGUGAUCACCUCGAGAAGAGCUUUGCGCUGCUUCCUUCGGUUUCUGUUGCCACACUCAUCUCCUUAUUUGAUACCGUUUUCAAUGGACGUGGACUUGGUUGGCAACACCCUUUUAUUGACAGUUUUGGAUCCUGUCAAGGGUCGACCCCUGGGUUAUGGCAUCAAUUUUGAGGAGCGCUUUGUUUCUCCUGCCAAGAUGUGUACAAAUGACAAAGCCGUUAACGAACUGACAACGCUCUACGUGGUCCAAUCUGUCAACUUGUGCGGAGAACUGAAACUGGCGAUUUCGGCUGAAACAGAUGCCUUGGAUGCGCGCUUUAACCCUUUAAGAAACAGCGUUGCUGCCGAGUCAUGUUGUAGCAGCAACAAAAAUAAAAGUUCACUUGCGUGCACUUUCGAUCAGCAGAUGAUUGGCUCCAACGAAUGCCACGUGCAUAGUUGUAAACAACUGUCGCUUCUCGAGAAACAGCUGCUGCAAGACUGUGCGCCUCUGGUGGAACUAAAGACACUUUCUCAUUUUCGUGAAUACCCGUGGGAAGACACUGCCGAUCAAAUGCGCCUUGGUGGCGCGAAGCUGCUCCUUAAGGCAUCGCAUCGCAGGGGCACUCUUCAGACACUUCAACUUGUACCUAUAGAGCACGUGGAAAAGCAGCUGGAUUUAAAUGGCCUGAGUGGCACCGAUAAAUGGCCUAGUCUGGUAAUUCUGCUCAAGAAACUAAGGGAAAUCGCGAACAUGGUAAGAUCGGAAUCUUCAGGUGACGUGGCGUGCCUUCGCCUGAUUUUCGACGGCGGGCACUCCUUGCGCGUUUUCAAUAGGGAACCAGGAACCGUUCGCUUGUCGAAGGAAGCAGUGACUUGGCUUGCAUGA